CAGAAUAGUUAUUUUUAAAAGAAAUUUGGAAGUUUUCACCUGGCUAAUCGAGAAUCGGGUCAGUUGUCGAUGAACUCUUUAGGAGAACGUAGCUAAUCAGUCGCGUGCCAAAAAUUGUAAAUUCCUCGAAAAAGUAAAACUGCUUAUCAAAAUAGUUUAGCCGUAACUCGUGCUGGUUAUAGAAUCGGAGGAACAUGGGAACUUUGUCACUGAAUGAUUACGAGGAUGUGAGCAUUCCGUUGCCCUGGGGACAUUUGGCGGGUCGCUGGUAUGGCAACCGCAGGGAACGUCCUAUUCUGGCUCUACACGGUUGGCAGGAUAACCUCGGCACCUUUGAUACACUAAUCCCCCUAUUGCCGGACUACCUAGGAAUACUUUGCAUAGAUCUGCCAGGUCAUGGACACUCCUCUCGACUGCCAAAGGGAAUACAAUAUGACUUUGUGAACUUUGCCUUUAUCAUAGGUCGAGUGAUGCAGGAGUUCAAGUGGUCAAAGGUGUCGCUGCUGGGUCACUCAAUGGGCGCCAUUCUUAGCUUAAUUUACAGCUCCUUAGCACCGCACACUGUGGAUCUUGUGAUACUAAUUGAGGGUGUAAUCAAUCCAUUUGCUCGACUGGACUUGGAUAUUUCUGCAUUCAAUAUCGAGCGGUGUCUACAGGAAGUGGAUCGCAUGGCAAUUAAUGAGGCUACCAACUAUGAACCCACUUCCUACUCGAUGGAACAUUUCUGCCAAUUUGUUCAUACCUGUACAGUCGAGGCUGUGCCCGUAGAACUUGCACCACAUCUGCUCAAACGCAGCGUACACAGAUCUCAAUUGUAUCCAGAUAAGUACUACACAUUGAAAGAUAAUCGCACCAAGUGUGCCGUUGAACUGCAGCUGAGUCUGGGACUUGCAGCUGAGAUGGCGCGAUGCAUUCGAGAGAAACCUGUCCUUAUUCUCAAAGGAGCCGAGUCCCCUUUCAUGUGUGAAAGAGACGAGGAGGUUAUCUCCAUUCUGAGGGCGCAAAACCCUGACCUGGAGUUCCACGAAUUGCAGGGCAAUCAUUACAUACAUCUCUGCAAUCCUACCGCGUGUGCCGCUCACAUUGUGCCCUUUUUAAGGCGUCAUCGUCCACAUUCAAGAAUUGAUAACUCCCAUCGGAAGCAGCACAAAUUGUAG